UCUGGGGAUUUUUGUCAGAGCCGACCAUGGCGAAUAUCGGCGGCAGUCGCGGGGACCGUCUCGGCAAUUCUAACCACCUAAAGUCUUCUUUUGCAUCUCCGGAAAAAGUUCGUGAACUCCUCAGCGAAGGAGUAUCAUUACCGGAGAUUGGGUCCAACAGUGAACAAGGGGACUUAAAAGUUCUGGAAGUUAAAGACAACACUCAAACACCGUGUGAAGCAACAAACAAAGAAGCAUUUUUCUCAAGAGUGGAAUCCUAUUCUUGUUUGAGAUGGGCAGGCAAACCCCGUGCACUUUCUCCUCUGAUGUGUGCCAGAUAUGGUUGGAUCAAUGUUGGUUGUGACAUGCUGAAGUGCUCCAGCUGCCAGGCUUUCCUUUGUGCAUCACUACAACCAACGUUAGACUUUAAGAAAUAUGAAAGCCGCAUUGCAGAGAUAUUGAGACAACUACAGACUCAGCAUGAGAAGUUUUGUCCUUGGCCUGACUUUCCAUGUCCAGAGAGAUUCUGGCUUGUUCCAGCCUCUGAACCGUCAACGCUGCUUGCUGCCUUUUUGGAACGUUUCCAGAGUGCCUGUCUCCUUGCUCAGCAGCUGCCAGCCAUGAGGCCAGAGCAGCUGAAGUCUAUGUCUUUGACAGAGGAUGUCAUCAGUAAUAUACUGCAACUGAUUGAGGAAGAGCUAAAAAUAAAGGGAUGCAGUCCAUGCUCUGAACCAUUGUCUGUUCAGGUGGCUGCAUGCGUCGUUUCUCUUUGUGGUUGGGCAGCAAGUCCAGCUUUACGUGCCAUGAACCUGCCAAUCCUGACCUGCUCCUAUUGCAUGCGGAAGGUGGGUUUGUGGAAUUUCCACCAGAUGGAAGAAAUCGGAGGUGAGGCAGAGACGGUACCAAGCUCUGCAGGACCCUCUGCUCAUGGAACAGGUUCUGUCUUAGGGGGCUGCAGCGACAGCCAGGCAGACCCUGCCUCGUCCACUCAUGCGGCAUCUCCAUGCCGCAUGAAGCUGAGGAGCCAGGACUCCAUACGCUCCGACCAGGUUGAGGGGACCUCCUCCUCCCCCACUGCAUUACGAGCCAAAAGCAGAGACUCACCCAGCCCCAGUGAUGACUUGCUAAGUCCUCUGACGAGGGGCAAGAGGCCUGCAACUCGAAGUCGAGGACAUGGAGAUAAUUCGGGGGCCGACGGCUCCACCAGCCUCCAUCCUCCCAAACGCUUGUGCUUCUCAACAGUUGGUGGUCCUGAUGGGCCUCUGCAUAAGGGCACAUUUGACCCUCUUUCUCAGCACAGGGACUGGUGUCCUUGGAUCUCUGCAGGACAGGAGAACGUGGAUCCAGAUCAUGCCUCUGUUUUGGAUGGAGGAGUAGCGUUGAAUCAACAAGGCUGGAAAGCUGCCCUUGACCUUUUCAUGCCUUCAAAGAACUCCAGCACACUGAAAGGUAGUCCAGAGCAGGGUCCCCGUGACAAGUCUAAGAGAGUGUUUGCAAUAUUCCGGCAGUGGCAAGUAUCUUCCUCUCCACCUUCAGAGAGUGUUAAAAUAUAAACUCCAUUGCCACACUGAACUGAUUAACUGAUCUCCAUUAAAUAUUUGGUACAUACUCCAUCUGAGCAAAUACCACGAGUCAAAUCUCCUACGUCUUUACAUGAAGUUAUGUUUACAGUCAAAGUCCCUCUUGAUGGAAAAUAACAAAUAUCUUCUCUGUGAAUUCUCAACAAUGUGAAGGAUCCCUGUUUGUUUUGGAAUGUUUGGGUCUUAGGGCUGCAACAUUUCAUCAUCUCUAGUAUAGUAUUUUCCAUUUCAUCAUUGGUACUUUGUUUUAAAAACAAAAUGAAUUUCAGAGAAGAUGGGGGGAAAAAAAAGAUGUGGGAUGAAGAAGAGCCAUGUGGCUCUACACUGGAAAGGCAAUAUUUACCUCUUUUCUGUCUUCAGAUGGUUGUCAUAGAACAAAACUUUUCUCCCAAGGUUUGGAGAGAAAAAACACCUGGGAAGUUUAUUUGUGUGCAAAAUAUUUUCUUAAAGGUCACAUAGAUGCAAGCUUUCUUUGUUGUUUUUAAUUGUUGUCUGCAGGUAGAACCAAAUGCCACAAAAAGGAAAUGUUUUUGACUGUUGGAUUCUGUGUGAAAUGCUCUCCAUAAAACUGUUUUUACCUUUCUGCCUGGGAUUACUUUAUUUUAACUCAAAUAAAGAAAGGAAAUGUUGGUUUGCAUUUAAUGACAAUGACUUGGAAAAUAUUAAACUUGACAUCUCACUUU